AUGCGAGAAAUCUCGAUGCUUUCCAUAUUUAUUGCCCUAAUAAUAGCCGCCGAUGGACGCGAAGUGCCCGAAGAGAAUUUGUUGCAUUCGUUCAAGCAUGUUUACAAAAGGCAUGAUAUCAAUCUCGAUUUUACAUUAAACUCGGAAGAACAUAAGGAUAUUCGUCGAUCGACUUCCCAUGAUCAGCUUUCUCAGCAUUUGGUUAAUGAUAAAUUUGUUGUUCGUCGUGACGAAUUUUCGGAAUCUCGCGAGGUCGUUGGCGAUGCUGAAAAUAUUCCAGACAAAUUCGAUCAACAAUUGUACGAUUUCAUGCUUCCUGAGGGCUCUGUUGAGAAGCCAGCUAUGAUGGCGGUUGUUGAUUUUAUCACAAAGAAGAAUGGUCCGCCUCCAAUGUUCGCCGUUAAUUUUGAUGAGAAUGGAUGGUUCGAUAUCGGAAAAGUGAAGAAGACGCAGGCGGCGAAUGCCGAUGUCUACAAGGCGACUGUUGUGUUGAAGCCGGGAAAGGAAGUGAGCAUCGACAAGACGAAUGAGGGAAUCUACAAGUUUGUCGUCGAAGCCCAACAAGGCGAUAUCGUCCGUGCAAGCACCAACAUUCGAGUCGAAGUGCUAUCAUUGUCUCCGACGACGAAACGAAUAAGGAUUACUCCUCCGAAAGCUCCAAUUAUGUUGACAACACCGGCAAUGCAAUCAUCUACUACGACAUCUGAGCAAAUUGAAGAAACAACCACGAUAGCUGAGAUUCGCGAGGCUACGACGACAACGACGGAUGAAUUGAAGACAUCCAGCAAAUUCGACCUUCCCGAACAUGGAUCUGGAUUAGAAGGAUCUGCCGCGGAAAAUUCCGAAGAAGAGGAAGAGGAAGUUGUUGAGGAAUCAUCGGGAGACAUGACCGUUGCUCAUGCUUCGACUCAUAGCUCGCAUGAUUCUACCGAGCUUUUGACAAAUUCUGCAGAGGCCGACGACAACGUUGAGAGUCCGAUUGAGGGUCCCGUAACGAUUUUACCGCUCAAGGCUGGUUCGAUUGAUUCGUCAGAAGAAGCUUCGGAUCUUUCAAUUAAUCUUGUUGGUGCUGAAAACGAUGGAACUUAUAAGAACCGAGAUGCUUCACUUGUUGGCGAUUUGUUACGCGGUCUAGUAAUUCAAUUAAAAUCAGAGAGUUCUGAUAUUCCAUAUGUUAGACUUUCUGUGGAGCCAGACGACGUCUUCACAAUUCGUCCUUCAAAUGUGACCAGUGAUGGUCUCGCAGCGGUCUAUGUGAAAAAUCCGAAAAUGCUCGAAAAAUCAGUUGACGUUGAAAUUGUUGCCACAUUGCCAACGGGUGUUUCUCAUCGACGGCCGCUUAUUGUGAAAACAUCGAAAAAACUGAAAGUCGAGCCAAAAUCGAAACAUUUAAUUCUAGAAACAUUAGAAUUUGGCGUUGCGAAAAAUGCUGAGAAUGGACGAACAAUUGGAAGAAUCGAAGGGAACAUGCAAAUAAUCGGAGAGCAUGAGAAAUUCUCGCUGGUCGGAAACGAUCUCAUCCUUUCCUGUGGCCAAUUUGAAACCGAUCAUUGUCUUGAAAACGAGGAUCGCAAGAAAUUCGUGCUGAUGAUGAUGCCUGAAGAUGGAAGCCUGGCGCCAGUGCAAGUUAUUGUCCGAGUACAACGGCCGCCUAGUCUCAGAACAUCAGACAACAUUGUCCGCAUUUCGGACAAUCGAAUUAUUUCUCCUUUCGCUGUUAUCACUGAAGGCACUUUGAAAGACAUUCAACUUGAAGGAGAUGCUGCGAGAUUUUUGGGUUACCGCAAAAGCGAAGAUGGACUUUAUCAAUUGGUUGUCAUUGAUUCUGCCGCUGCCGGAAAACACAAACUUGAAAUUAGUUUGGAAGGUUUUGAGUCGAUUCGUCAAAUUGUCAAUGUGUUAGUGGAAAAUUCACUCAGCCAUGCUCAUUUCCGCCAGCCGAAAUAUGUGGUGAAGAUUGACGCCGGCAAAAUCAAACACGGCGAUACGAUCGCUCAAGUCGAACUUGAAGGCGUCCCAAUUGACGAGGCCACAAUUCUUGCCGUUGAUGGAAAUCCGGGAUGGGUCAUUGUUGAGGAUUACGGUGGCAAAGUGAGAGUUGGCAAAGGAAAAUUAUACAAUGGAAAGUCGACUCUUCGUGUUGCCGCUGUCGACAAAACGACAUCGACAGUUUUAACCGAAACGAUGGUAGAGAUCAAUGUGGAAAACGGAGAAGCUAAAAAUGAGAAUGAGAAAAUGACAUCGGUCGUUCGAGAAUUGAUUUUCGACAGAGAAAAAGAUGCUCAAUUUGUCGCCAAAAUGGAAAACGUAAAAGAUUUUGCAAUUGAUCCAGAGGCCUUAUUUGGGAUUGACGAGCAUGGAAAGAAGAUCAAAUACAGCCCAAUGAAUGUGAAAUUGAGCAAGGAAACGGUGGAAUUUGAAGGGGAUUCGUUGAAAGAAUUGAGACUAAUCUCGUGCACACUCAAAAAUCAAUACAGAAAAGAAACGAUUCUCAUCCGUUUAAUUUCAUCACCGGAAUUUAUUGAAAAAAUGAAAAUGGAAGCAGCACGUCCAGUGUUUCCAGCGCCAUGGACGAGGGAAAAUAAUGAAAUCAAGCUGGAAAUCAAUGAAGAACUUCCUGAAGGUAGUAUUAUUGCUGUGCUACCAGCAACUGUCCCUACUACAAAUGAAGUGGUCCCGGCAGUGUUGGAUGGAGAAAUGAUGGAAGCUUUUAACUUCGAUCCAAAAACUGGUGAACUGAAAAUCAACAAACGAAUUGACUAUGAAACCCUUUCGGACUCCCAGAGGAGCUUCAAACUUAACUUAAUAUCUGGUGAGCCAGAAUUCGAGAGCAAUGCAAUAAUCAACAUCAAUGUCAAUGAUAUUGAUGACAAUCCACCAACUAUUCUUCCAUCCCCGGUUGAGACGUUAACUCUACCAGAAAAUCUUACUCCUGGAAGUAUAAUUGCUCGACUUGAUGUCAAUGAUCCUGAUGGAUCGGAUAAGUUUGACGUGAAAUUAUCAGGUCGCGGAAUGAAACAUUAUAAUGCGAAUAUUUCGGAUUCCGGCAUUCUGUCGAUUAUGCUCAGUGAUGAUGCAAAUCUCGACCGCGAGCUAGAAAAUUCGCAUUCGUUGAUUGUCGAUGUCACCGACGUCUCCGGAAACACUGAACGACUAUUGGUUCCUAUUGAAAUAAUGGAUGUGAAUGAUAAUUCGCCAAUAUUUGAAACGAGUUCGUAUAACGUUGAGGUCGUCGAAGAUUGGCCGAAAAAUGUCAUAAUUGAAAAAAUAUUCGCGAAAGAUUUGGAUGAAGGCAAUUCCGGAAUUGUGCGGUAUUCAAUGGAUGGAGAGAACAGUCAAGCGUUCGCCAUUAAUUCAUCGACGGGCGUUGUUUCGAUAGCUGAUGAUUUAUUCGGUCUUGCUCGAAAAGAACUCUAUCAUCUUUCCGUCACCGCAUUCGACCUCGGAAGGCCUUCAAUGAACUCUACUGCCAAUCUGAACGUUCGAAUUUUGUCGUCUAACGAGAUUCUUCUGGAGCCUGUGAUUGAGUUUAGCGAACCGGCUGAGAAUUUCAUUUUGAGUUUGAAAGAGAAUACACCAUUGAAUGAGAAAGUUUACACCGCAAAAGCUGAAAUUCGCGGAAUCGGUCAAAAAGGGAACAAGGUAGAAUAUGAUUUGAAGGAUUUGACACUCAGCGACGACGAACAAGUUCUGAAAAUCGACAAGAAUUCCGGAGAAGUGUUCGUUUCAAAACCAAUUGAUUUUGAAGAGAAAAACGCUUUCACGCUGUACUAUUGA